UCGGUUACAGGCAGCGGCACAGGACAGGGGAUCAUGAGUUGCAAGUGACUGAGAGCAGCAGCGCACUAGAGCAGGUUGCUCCUUUUUGGUGGAGCGCAAAGUCCCGGUUGCCGAUGUGGUGCCAAGUGGAUUUCAGGGCUGGAUUGUUACGAAAGAACUCCACGAUGUGACAAGAGACACCCGCGCUGUGAUGAUAAAGUGACUAAAUCUCACGCUUGUAGAAUCCGGCAUGUCCGAAAGCACGGCUACGGAACAGCGCACCUUUGAGUCUUCAUCACUGACGACGGACCAGAUGGUACCGUAAACAUGAGUCGCGCACUCUCGAUCCUCGCUUAUCUCCUGCCUUUGAUUCACUGUAGCAGCAGCGCUGACUCCGAAGAGCGGCUCAUGAACUGGCUGCUGGGAAAAGAUCGCUACAAUCCCCUCAUUCGCCCAGCUGUCAACAGAACCGAGAGAGUCACAGUAAAGCUGCAAGUGUCUCUGGCACAGCUCAUCAGUGUGAAUGAAAGGGAACAGAUCAUGACCACAAAUGUUUGGCUCACUCAGCACUGGGUGGACUACAGGUUGUCAUGGGAUCCUGCACAGUAUGAAGGUAUUGUCAAACUGCGCAUUCCCUCCAGACAUGUGUGGCUUCCGGAUAUUGUCCUGUACAACAAUGCUGACGGAACCUAUGAGGUAACGGUGUUCACUAAUGUCAUCGUCCUUUUCAACGGCAGCAUCAACUGGCUUCCUCCGGCUAUCUAUAAAAGCGCCUGUAAAAUCGAGGUCAAACAUUUUCCCUUUGACCAGCAGAACUGUACUCUCAAGUUCAGAUCUUGGACAUAUGACCAUACAGAGAUUGACCUGAUCUUAAAGUCUGAGAUGGCUAGUAUGGAUGAUUUUACUCCCAGUGGCGAGUGGGAUAUCUUAGCUCUGCCAGGGAGGCGGACUGUCAACCCUCUGGAUCCCACUUAUGUGGAUCUGACAUAUGACUUUAUCAUUAAGAGGAAGCCUCUUUUUUAUACCAUAAACCUCAUCAUUCCAUGUGUUUUGAUCACCUCUUUGGCCAUUCUAGUCUUCUACUUGCCUUCAGACUGUGGAGAGAAGAUGACCCUGUGCAUUUCUGUACUUCUGGCACUCACCGUGUUCCUGCUUUUAAUCUCAAAGAUUGUUCCUCCAACAUCAUUAGAUGUUCCCCUGAUUGGCAAAUACCUGAUGUUCACCAUGGUCCUGGUGACCUUCUCCAUCAUCACCAGUGUGUGCGUGCUCAAUGUGCACCACCGCUCUCCUAGCACCCAUACCAUGCCUUCUUGGGUCAAGCUGAUAUUUCUUGAGAAAUUGCCUGCUUUACUCUUCAUGAGGCGCCCUCAUAACAAGUCUGCACGCCAAAGGCUGCGUCAGCAUCGAUGCUUAAGAGCUAAAAGAACAGUUUUGGGCUUGGGAUACCCAGUUGCAUCCAAGACAGAUAUCACCAUGUCAGCUUCUGCGCUGCUGUCUUCAGACUCUGCCUUCUCUACACCAGGACACAAAAAUAUAACUUCUCCAGCAGGAUACAGCCACUCCUAUAGGAAGGGAGACCUGCGCUCUGCUGAUUUCCUUCCCACUAGUUUCACAUCCACCCAGGACUUCCAACACAGGGACAACUCAGAAUGGGCUGCUGAUAUCCAGGAGGCAGUGAAUGGGGUGUGCUUUGUGGCUGAGCACAUGAUGGGAGAUGAUGAUGAUCAGAGUGUUAUAGAGGACUGGAAGUAUGUGGCCAUGGUAGUGGAUCGUCUGUUUCUGUGGAUCUUUGUGAUAGUGUGUGUUGUGGGAACCCUGGGCCUGUUUCUCCAGCCUCUUUUCCAGAGUCAGAUUGUUGCCAACCAUGUGCCCAGUUCGGACAUUCCUCGCAUUUGAUCCUUGUAGAGAAAGACUGAGCUACUUCAGGCUUUUCAUAAGAAACUGUGCUAUUAGGACAAUAUUAUGUAUGAGGGUAUAUUAGCAGGGGUGGGCAACUCCAGGCCUCGAGGGCCGGUGUCCUGCAGGUUUUAGAUAUUACCCUGGGUCAGCACACCUGAAUCACAUGAUUAGUUUGUACCAAGCCUCUGGAGAACUUCAGGAUAUGUUUAGGAGUUCAUUUAACCAUUUGAAUCAGGUGUGUUGGAUCAAGGACACCUCUAAAACCUGCAGGACACCAGCCCUUGAGACCUGGAGUUGCCCACCCCUGGUAUAGAGGCUAGUAAAAGUUUUGAUGUAUUCUUAGUUUUUGCUUAGCACUGUGUUGGCAGGUAACAGAAGCACCGAUACAAUGUCGUCUGUGCCAAAUCAUACCCAGAGGGUGUGAUAAAGUACUAGUAAACAUGUACGGUAUGGUACAAAAUAAAUAAAAGCCACUUAUUGUCAUAUAGUAUUUAAAACAAUAUGCCCUAAAACAAUAAAUCACCCAAUAUUUUAAGGAAUAGUUACAUUUGCAUAAGUUAAAAUGCAGCAUUAUUACUGAGGUUGUUUCUUUUAGGCUGCUGUUUCUUCAAAGGACGUCUGCAGAGUUGGACUGAGUGUAGCUUUCACUGCACUGAAGUAUGCUGAACUGUUGCAGUAAUAUACAUAAUAUGAUAAAUAUACUGUAUGACUGCUCUCAAAUGUAGUGUGACCUGUCAUCUGUGUUACUGUGUCACUGAAAUACAAUAAAGAGCUGUGUGCUCUUUUAGUUUGAUUAAAUGCAUGAAAUUCCCUAUAAAGUCUUAAAGAUGUCAGGGUUUUGCCAAUGUGCUUAUUUAAUCUGUACUGCUGGUGAUAAAGAUCAGAGCCAAUGUGUUCAAUUAGGGUGAACCAGUUAGGAUGGUUUAUCAUAUAGAUAAAACAGUUGUUCACUCUCAGUGCAAAAAAAAGCAAGACAAGGCAAAAAAUACUGACACAACAAAACUUUUAGAGCUGGUCUUUAUUGCAGUGUCUUAAGGUUGAGUACUUUCCAUAGCCAUUCCAUAUCACUGACAUGUAACUGUAAGUAACUAUUUCUCCUAAAUUUAUAUAUAUCAAUGGUCUAAAUAAACAAAAAAGAAAAGUAAUUCUAGAAUUAGUUUGUUUCAUGCUGCAGUAAUAUGAAGGCUCAUUUGUGCAUUGACACUAAAAGCACCAAAUCUUUGAUAAGUGCUCAUUUUUACAGAUGGGCAAUUGUAAGCACACACAUAAAUGGAAUAAAACAAAGCAGACAAACACAACCUACACUAACACACAAACGAAACGACACACAACGCUUACAGCUCACUAAACAGUGCUGAGUGUGCUCAUUAAAGGUUCUGCAGACUUUGGGUAUUUUGUGAGCCAUGCAUGUAAAUCAAGAGAA